AUGUUGUUAGCUCCAUUUAAAUUUCCUAAUAUGAGAUUUCUCCAACCCAUUGGUUUGUCUGGAGGUCUAGCCCUUUUAUGGAAGAAUGGUUUCAUUUGUGAUGUACUUAGUUGUGAAGAUAAUAUGAUUCAUGUUGCAGUUCAAUGUGAUCCUAGUCAACCUGAAUUAUUAUUAUCCUGUAUGUAUGGAUAUUGUGAUUAUUCUAAGAAGAAAGUUCAAUGGGAAUUUAUCAAAGACAUUGGACUCAACAUUGCUCAGCCAUGGGUUUUUCUUGGUGAUCUUAAUUUUCAUAUUCUAGAUUCUUAUUCAUCAGCUUCUUCUUCAGGUGAUGGCUUUGUUAAUUCUAUCAUUCAGGAAGUAGGUUUGCAAGGUUUGGGUUUUAUAGGCAGAGAACACACUUGGUCAAAUAAUAACUUGGAAACGGGGAAAAAGAGAUCAAGACUAGAUAUGGCACCAAUGACUUGGCUUCAAGAUAGAACUUGUGCAGCUGAAAUUGCUAAGGCUUGGGAGAAAUCAGUUCAAGGCUCUCCAGGUUUCAAGCUCAUUAAAAGGCUUCAGUUCACCAAGAUUACUCUAUCUAAAUGGAACAAAACUCAUUUUGGAAACAUUGAUCAGAAUCAUUUUAAGAAUAUAAGUACUUCUCAAACUACUAUAAUUGAAGAACAAUAUUAUUCUCAUAUCCCUACUCUAAUUACAGAGGAAGAUAACAAUUUACUUCUUUUGCCUCCAACAGAUGAAGAGAUUCUUAAAGUUCUCAAAAGCAUGGAGAGUUGGUCUGCACCAGGACCUGAAGGCUUUCAAUCUGGCUUCUACAAGUCACAAUAG